UGGUUGGUAAAGAGUUUGAAGUGAAACAGGAACAAGUGAACAUUUGCAAAACAGUUAACGUUUUCUUUAAUCCUUUCCUCCAAUCAUGUUUUUCAGAAAAUAAAUGGGACAUUAGUUUCGGCGGUAACUGUCUUUGGUCUCACUUAAGUGGAUCCACUACGCUUCCGGACCUCUGAUCUGGUGAAGAAGUUUGUUCUAUUGUUCGGGCUUCGCUCGGUUAAUAGGAACCCUGUAUGGUCGUCCAACGACUCCUAGUCAGUUUCCUGCUGACAAGCACUUUGCACUGGAUAGAGGUCCUUGGCGAGAACAAGAAUGACACCCAUUCCCCGCGCGUAGUUGGUGGUAAUAUAGUAACCAAUCGGGAGCUGGGCGGUUACAUUGUGGCAAUGCGCUACGACGGCAGUUUCGCUUGCGGCGGCACUCUCGUCCAGGACCUCAUUGUCCUCACGGCAGCCCACUGUUUUGAGCAAAGAAGGAUCAAAGAGAAGUGGCUUAUCUCUGGUGGCGUCUCCAUGCUCAACGAGAUAGGGGUAAGUCGACGGAUAAGAAAAAUUAUCAUUCCUAAAGCCUUUAGUAUGGACACCAUGGAAAUGGACGUGGCCGUGGUGUUGAUGGACAGGCCAAUGGUGGGCAACGGCAUCGGAAAGCUAUCGCUCUGCGAUAAGCCCCUUGAGGUCGGCAGGAGCUUGACCGUCGCCGGAUUUGGAAUGGUUAAAUCAGGGGGCACGAACCCAGGGCAGUACCUGCGCCAAACCACAGUGCCUAUUGACUCUAAGGAAUACUGUCGCAAAGCCUACAGGAAAAUCAUCGCUAUUACGAACAGUAUGCUGUGCGCCUCCGAGAAGGGCAAGCGCGAUGCCUGUACCCUCGACUCCGGAGGUCCGUUGGUCUAUAAGAACCAGGUCUGUGGCAUCGUAUCCUUUGGCAUAGGAUGCGCCAGUAGCCGAUAUCCUGGCGUCUACACGGAUGUCACCUAUGCAAAACCCUUCAUAACAAAAAUCAUUAAUAUGUUGAUGUCGCAAACAUAAAUAAUACGAAUGGGCCUUAGGGUAAUU